CAGUUGCAUGUGUUCAACCGACCGGCUCCUCAGAUCAGCAUCAGCAUGGCUGGUUCACUGGCUGCUAAAAGCUUGGAGCAUCUGAACUAUCGCUCCCCGCUUGUUUCCCGAUAUGCUAGUCCAGAAAUGGCUAAGAACUUUGGUGAAAUGAAAAAGUUUUCCACAUGGAGGCUGUUAUGGACUUACCUUGCAGAAGCAGAAAUGCAACUAGGACUGGACAAUGUCACCAUUACCGAAGAACAGAUCGAUCAGAUGAGAGCAAAUGCUGAAAAUAUUGACUUUGAGCAUGCUGCUCUCGAGGAGAAACGUGUACGACAUGACGUCAUGGCACAUGUGCACACAUUUGCUGCAUGCUGUCCUAAAGCUGCACCAAUUAUACACCUGGGAGCCACUUCUGCCUAUGUCGGGGACAACACAGACCUGAUAGUGAUGCGGGACGGUUUUGACAUCUUGCUACCAAAGCUGGCAAGAUGUAUACAGAGACUGACCACAUUUGCUGAUAAAUACAGAGAACUGCCUUGCCUUGCCUAUACGCAUUUACAACCAGCUCAGCUGACCACCGUGGGAAAAAGAGCAUGCAUGUGGAUACAGGACCUUCUCAUGGAUGUGCAGAACUUGGAAACGGCACGAAACAAUCUCAGGUUUCGGGGUGUCAAGGGGACAACAGGAACCCAGGCCAGUUUUAUGGCACUCUUCAAACGAAACCCCGAAAAGGUUGAAGAACUAGAUAGACUUGUUACAGAGAAAGCAGGCUUUAAAAAAAAUAUCCUGAUCUGUGGUCAGACAUACAGCAGGAAGGUGGAUGCGGACUGUCUGAGUACACUAGCCAGUUUGGGGGCGUCUGUUCAUAAGAUUUGUACCGAUAUUCGUUUAUUAGCAAGCUUUAAGGAACUUGAGGAACCAUUUGAAAAAGAACAGAUUGGAUCAAGUGCCAUGCCCUACAAACGUAACCCUAUGAGAAGCGAGCGUUGCUGUGCGCUGGCCCGUCACCUGAUGUGUCUUGUCCAGGAUCCACUAAUGACAGCCUCAGUUCAGUGGAUGGAACGCACUCUUGACGACAGUGCAAAUAGGAGGGUGUGUUUGCCAGAGGCCUUCCUGACAGCAGACAUUGUUCUAAGCACGUUACAGAACAUCUCGGAAGGUAUUGUGGUCUAUCCAAAGGUGAUAGAGAAGAGGGUCAGACAAGAGUUACCCUUCAUGGCUACGGAGGAUAUCAUUAUUGCUAUGGUGAACGCUGGAAGCAACAGACAGGAGUGCCAUGAGCAGAUACGUGUCCUGUCUCAGGAGGCGGGGAUGGUCGUCAAGCAGGAAGGUGGAGAGAAUGACCUUGUACAAAGGUUAAAAAAAUCAGCCUACUUCGAGCCGGUCCGUGGUUGUCUCGAUAAAUUGCUGGAACCAAGUAAUUUCAUUGGCCGGGCCCCUGAACAGGUGACCAAGUUUAUCAAGGAGGAAGUCGCCCCCAGUAUCAAAAUCUACACAGAGAAGAUGGACAUCACGUCCGAACUUGACCUCUAGUCUGUGACCCUACAAAGGACAUCUUGUGAACUGUGAAAACUGCAUUUAUUUCAUUAUAAUCUCUGCACAAUCUUGUUUAAAAGCUCAGGUGCUUUGUAAUGUAAAAUUGGUUAUAGAUCUGAAUCAUAAACUUGCUUUCAUGAGGGGAAGUAUAGAAGGGCAUUUAAAAGUUUUGUUCAUUAUCAAAUGUUGUAUCAAAGAUAUAUAAUUUUUUGAGAUAUCUUGAAUUCUGUCAUACACUAGCUUUACCUGCCAUUUUUGAUACCUCAGUAAUUUUCUUCCGUUAUUACAGAAACUAUCAUUAAUGAUAAAAUAAAUCAUGGUAUUUCUGAUCAUUA